AUCUGAAAUCACAGAGGCCCGUCACCUAGCAACCAUGGCCGGGAUCUCAAACAAACCCCUGGAUGGUGGAGCGCCCUGCCGCUGAAGGAUGCCGCCCACCAGGGGCUCCUUCCCUUGCUGCAGCUGUGACAGUCCAGACACCUCCGGGGGCAAGGCUGGGACCCCCCAGAGAGGUUCUCUUAUGGAGCUCGCUCCCCUUGCCCAGGAGCAGGACCCUUGGAAUCGCCUGCAUGCAACACCCACCUUGUCUAGUGUCAGGAGGGAAGUCUGGUACCUGGAACCUGGGGUUCCCCAGGACAGCUUGGACUUUAACCUGAGCUCGUUGUAUGACCACCACAAGGAGUUGCUCAGAGACAAGAACCAGGUAGUCAUCCACAAGGAGACCCUCUUUGAUGACCAUGGAGUACUGAAGGGGCUCGACUCUGUACAGGAACCUAAGCCACCCCCUGCUGAGAGCCGUAUGUCCCAGGGACUGCCUAUGAGAUGCUGGGUCAGCCCAACAAAGGAAUCAGUCCACAGCAUCAAGGGCACAAUCGAGUGCCCACAUAACGCUUCCACCAACAGCGGGUACUCCCGCAAAGAUAACGGAGGCUUCUUUUCUCAGUGAAGACUGUGCCAGCCUUUGCCACUGCUGCCGGACUGGAUCUUCUUUGGAUGAACAUAACUCUCAUCCCCUUUGCACUCUUCUAAAGCCCUUCAUUCAGCUAAGCCCACCAAAAGAACACAGCUCUGGUAUUUCAUUUCCAUGUUUUUUCCUUUCCUUUCUACCUCACCCUUCUGUCCAUUCCAGAUAAAUGCUCCAUCCCUCACUAGGGAGGGACUGUGUGUAGUUGUCCUGGCCCACAAGCAACUACUGCCCAGAACACAUUACACCAGAGGUGGGCAAAACGUGACCCAUCAGGCCAUUCUAUCCGGCCCAUGGGCCCCUAAAAAUUUUAGAAAAUUAAUAUUUAUCUGCCCCUGGCUGCCUGUCAUGCGGCCCUCAAUGACUUGCCAAAACUCAGUAUGCGGCCCUCCACCCGAAAUAAUUGCCCGCCCCUGCAUUACACUAUCUCUGCAUCUCCAAUUUGGCUCCAGCCACCCAACUUUCAUCAGGCUAGAUUCAAGUAGUCUCAAAUUCUGGUGAUCCAAACUUCAAACACUCUGGAUGGAACAUUUCAAAGUUGUGGCGUAUCAAUCUCUCCUUGAGAAGCAGCGUGUGGCCAUUCAUGCCUUUUAUUGACCUGGGCUACCGAGAAUGGAGAAACCUAUGAUUAAAGCCUACUUUCUAGGA